AUGGCCCGGCUCCGCGUGUUCCGGCGGCCGGGGGCGCCCCGGGGGAAGGCGGAGAGGGCGAGGCAGCGGGCGGCGGCGCCCCGGGGCCGGAUCCGGGGAGUCCCGCAGCUUCCGCCCGGGUCCGCGACCCUCCUCGCUCGCCCGCAGACCGCGCCGCAGAGCCAGGUGGGCCCGCCCCUCCAGGGCGGCCAAUCCGCGGCCGGGAGCUCGGGGCGGGCCAAUCCGCGGCCGGGCCGGGGCCGUGCGCCCGCCUCCUGCGCACGGGAUUGGCCGGCGGACCCUCGGCCGCCGGGCGCGGAAGCCGGGAUCUCCGCCUCGCGAGCGCCCCCUCCCGGCUGGCCCGGGGGCCCCGCCCCGCCCGAGGGUGGGGGGCGCGGUCCAGACCCCGUGGGCUCAGGGCGGAGGCCGGGCGGAGGGCUGGCUGGUACUGUUUCCGGCGCCGGCCACCAGCUGCCCGCCGUGGGCCAGGGGACGCCUCCAGGCUGCCGACUUGAGCGGCUGAGUGGCACCCUCCUGGCGGGGGCUCAGACGGGAGCGCGGAGACCCGUGGGCCCCGGCCGGGCGCCCCGGUGCCCGGGACCAGCGGGGCUGGAGCCGGGAGCCCCGCCUGCCCCGCUCCCUCCGGCCGCGCGGGGAGGCGGCGGGGGGCGCGGUGUCUUCACUGGAACGUGCACGGUUCCCGCGAGCUGGUCUCCUUCGCUAGGCUGCACAGAGGGUCGGUUCCUGUUUAGGAAACGAUCGGCUCCUGAGGGCCUGGCUCAAGUGUGA